AUGGGGCCCUAGGAGGGACUGUGAGGGUGGGGAGGGUGUACAACGGAAGGAAUCAAUCUUGCGAUUUGGAGUUGGGAACAAACCUCGCCCCCCCACCCGUUUUCCUUCCUUAGUGAGGACGGUUUGGGGGCGGGUGGGGAAAGCGCGUCCUCGAAGCGCUCUCGCGCCCCCAUUUCCCUCUCAGCGCGCGCCCUCCAUCGCCCCUUCACCACCCGAGAGGCCGGCGAUGGCUGCGAGUGGGGACCCGGAGCCGGGAGGGCGGGUCCCGACGCAGGUGUUGGAUCCGCUAAGCUCGGCUCGGCGCGCUGGCCCGGCCCCUUGCCCCGCCGGCCACCGCCCCCCCGCCCCCUGCCCUCCGCGCCGCCGCGCCUGGAGGGCGGGGCCGGGGCGCGCGAGGGUCCUCUGCUCGCGGGCGAGCGGCGCGCGGCGCCUCGGUCUGGGGGAGCGCGGGGCGGUCUCCGCUGGCGUCGCGCGCGCUGUGUGUGAGCGGGGUCGCGCGCGCGCGCACUACAGAAAGAAUCGGCAUUCAGGAGGAAAUAAUUCAAGAGAAGGAAGACCAAGCAGAUCAAGAUGUGUAGCUCUGUGGCAGCCAAGUUGUGGUUUUUGACAGAUCGUCGAAUCAGAGAAGACUAUCCCCAAAAAGAGAUUUUACGAGCAUUAAAGGCCAAAUGUUGUGAGGAGGAAUUGGACUUUAGGGCUGUGGUGAUGGAUGAGGUGGUACUGACAAUCGAGCAAGGAAACCUGGGUCUUCGGAUCAAUGGAGAACUAAUAACUGCCUAUCCCCAAGUGGUGGUAGUGAGAGUACCAACCCCUUGGGUGCAAAGUGAUAGUGACAUAACUGUUUUGCGCCAUUUAGAGAAGAUGGGAUGUCGGUUGAUGAACCGACCUCAAGCCAUCCUGAACUGUGUUAAUAAAUUUUGGACUUUUCAAGAGUUGGCUGGCCAUGGUGUUCCUCUGCCAGAUACUUUCUCUUAUGGCGGUCAUGAAAAUUUUGCUAAAAUGAUUGAUGAAGCAGAAGUACUGGAGUUUCCAAUGGUAGUGAAGAAUACACGAGGUCAUAGAGGCAAAGCGGUUUUCUUGGCUCGAGAUAAGCACCAUUUGGCUGAUCUAAGCCAUCUUAUUCGCCAUGAAGCUCCAUACCUGUUCCAGAAGUAUGUUAAGGAGUCUCAUGGACGGGAUGUGCGUGUCAUUGUUGUGGGAGGCCGUGUGGUUGGCACCAUGUUACGUUGUUCAACAGAUGGAAGGAUGCAAAGCAAUUGCUCACUAGGUGGUGUGGGGAUGAUGUGCUCCUUGAGUGAACAGGGGAAGCAGCUAGCUAUCCAGGUGUCUAAUAUCCUGGGGAUGGAUGUGUGUGGCAUUGACCUAUUGAUGAAAGAUGACGGCUCCUUCUGUGUCUGCGAGGCCAAUGCAAAUGUAGGUUUCAUCGCCUUUGAUAAGGCUUGUAAUCUAGAUGUAGCUGGUAUCAUAGCGGACUAUGCCGCCUCCCUCCUGCCCUCUGGCCGGCUCACCCGGCGUAUGUCCCUGCUCUCCGUGGUGUCCACGGCCAGUGAGACUAGUGAGCCGGAGCUGGGUCCCCCAGCCAGCACUGCUGUCGACAACAUGAGCGCAAGUUCCAGCUCUGUUGACAGCGACCCUGAAAGCACCGAGCGAGAGCUGCUCACCAAGCUCCCAGGGGGCCUGUUCAACAUGAACCAGCUGAUAGCCAAUGAGAUCAAACUCCUGGUGGAGUGACUCCACCGGUAAAUAAUUACCAACAACUCCCUUGUAAAACUCAUGUUCUUUUUCUUCUUUUUUCUUUCUUUCUUUCUUUUUUUUUUUUUUUUAACCAACUUGCAAUGCUGUUCAUGGAAGGUACUCAGGAAGAUGAGAGAAAAUUAGUAGAAGUUAGUCAGGAGAGAAGCAAGGGGAGCUAGAUUAGACCUCUGCUAUUAAGAUGUUAUUGACUUUCAUUUACAGAUACCACAGGUAGAAUGGCGGAAGAGGUGAGACACAGAGAAGUGUCAGGCUUUUAUACUUACCCUUUAAAAUUACUCAGUGUGUGUGCUCUCACAUGAAGGCCAUGAAGAACAGUUUUUUUCACGGCCCCUCGCUUUUGCUUUUGUACAAUUGCACAGAUUUUGGCAUAGCGUAACUUCACAUUACGUUGCAAAGGUUUGUAAUGAGAGAGGAAAAGAUCUACCUAAAUUAUAGGAAUUUUUACAAAUCUGAAAGUUCUGCCUCUACCAUAUUAACUAGCAAGUUUAUGUUCAUAGUUUAUGAAGUCUUGAGGCGCUCUUUUACUGGAAUUUUAUUAUUUCUGUUUUUUGGUUUUCCUUUAAUUUGGGGGGGAGGGCAACAUUGAUAUAAUCCAAUAAAGGUUUCUUAAUGACAGAAUUGGCAUUUUCGUAUGAUGAAAGGGAAAUGAACAGUAUUGCAAUGUGUGGUACACAAAAUGACAUUUAUUCCAAUGUAGAUAAAAUUACACUAGUUUAAAAUAUGUGCGUUGACUUGUAUUUGUUAGUGUUUUAACCUUUUUUGAAAGAUAUGCUCUGUUAAUGUUGCAAUUUUUUUUUAAUACAUGCUAGUCUAACAUUCCCUGAUCUAUGCCUGCAUCUUUAACAAUGGCCAAAGUGAAGAAAGUGCUACCUUUUUUGUUAACAAGACACUGACUUGAAACAUGUGCAUUUAAAGCCUUCCUUUUUUUCUUUUGGUGGUUGGGCAUUUAAAGUAUAAGGACAAGGAAAAAUAUUUUUGGGGGGCAGAUUAAGGGCCUAUAAGUUCUUAAGUAUAAAGCUGAAGUGAUUUUAUAAUACCAGCAUUAUAUAUUUGCAUUUUUCACAUUUUAGGAGGGAGUAUAUAUAUAUAUAUAUAUGUGUGUGUGUGUGUGUGUGUGUGUGUGUGCACGCAUGCAUGUGUAUGUAUUUUGCUUUUUGUUUACACCAACCAGUCAAAAAAGAAUAGAUUCUAGAAAAUGGAGCAUGAUGGGGAAACACAGUUUUUACUUUAAAUAUCAGAUAACUUGUUUUAAUAGCUACACUGGGUUAGAGGUACUCACUAAAGACAUAAAGAGACUAGAUGCUUCUUAGGCCUUUUUAUGUAUAUGUAUGUUGUUUGGUUUUUUCUUUGGUUCUAGACUGUUCAGUGUAUGAUUUCUUUAAGGCUACAUGCUUUUCUAUGCUUCUGGCUGUGCAUUUUCUCCUAUUAUACAUAGGUUUUAGGGUGGGGUGGAUUGGACGUUUUUGUUUGGGGACUUAUUUUGCAGUAUUAAGUCUCUUAUAGCCCAACUCUGAAGCCUUCAGUACUGUCCACUUUUUAUAUUCCUUUAAUUUCUGAAUUUAUAAAAGCCCCAAAUGGCAUAUAACACGAGCCUUUAAAACAUGGGUAAAUCUAUUUGAAUAAUGGGUUUGGAAGCUGUGUUAAGAAAUGGAGAUGCUCCAGAGCUCAACGUAAUUUUUUUUAAACAGCAAGUUCCAUCUUACUGCAAUCCUCUGAAGCUUUUACCCGAGUCCUUUCUUGCCUUUCCAGUGCUUUUUUCCUUCAGAUGGACCUUAAACAUAAUUUCUCGGACACUACUAGAGAGACUUCGAGGCAAUAAUAAAGAUCAGUAUUAACCAGCUCUAACAGAGGUUUGAUCAUGCUUGUACAGUUUUGCCCCCAUUUUAAAAAGGAAUGUAAUAAAAUUUGUUUUUUUUCCAUAGAAUUAAAUAAUAUUAAAGUUGAGUGAAAGGUUGAUUGUUGGCAAAUAGAAUAGUACCUCUAAUCUGUGCAGUGUCUCAUUUCACCUCAAAAAGAUGAUAAUAAGAUUUUCUAAUUUAUUUUAAUAUAUUCUAAUCGCAUAUAAAAGAGUUUGACUUGCAUAGGGUUAUUUUGGGCCUUACGUAUGUUUUUAAGUACCUCUGACUCAUUAACAGAAAGAAAUACUUGGUACUUCUUUCACUGAAUGACCAUAGGAGGAUGCAUAUUUGGGAUAGAGAAAUAAAUGAGGGAGAAAGAAGUGCUUAAUUAAUUCAUUUAUAUGAUCGUGUAGAGAGCAUCUGGUUGUCACAUAAAUUAUGAUACAUUAAAUACCUACAUAUAUCACAUGUAUAUAGAUUUGCAAAUUUAAAAACAUUAAUAGAACACCCUCUCUACUUGAUAAAAAGUUCAGGGGUUUGUGUUGGGUGGGAUAAGGUAUCAGGAAAAAUGUAGAUAGCCUUUAAAACUAUUUUACCACACUAACCAUAUAGGAUUAUCAGAUUAUUUCACCUUUAGUUUUAUUCACUACUGAUCAAUGUUUUGUGCAUUCACACUAUAUUAAAACAUAGCUUUACCAACCUAUUUCUGGAUUUGUACACACACGUUAGAAUAAAGACGUUAGGAAUGAUCAUCUUAGAGUUUAAAAACGUGAAUAUCUUCUUGAACUCCCUCAAAUUAAGGUAAAGAAUAUGAACAAAUCAUUCUGGAAGAACCCAGAUGAAACACCUCAGAUAUUUAAGUGAAAGUUAAAUAUAUUUUCAUAUUGUUUAAUAAUUUGUAUAAUCUUCAUUGCUAUUAUGAGAGGUAAAAAUGUAUUUAUCAAUUAUGUGUAAUUCUUAUGCCCAAAUCUGAAUUAUUGUGAAAUUGUGUAUUGUUAAAAUUGUAAUUCUUAAUUGUAUUUUAAAAGUAAUUCUGAUACUGUUUUUAUGUUACCUAUGAUGAAAAUUGGACUACAUACACGCGCGCACACACAGACUCGCACACAUACACGCACGACCUAUUCACUUAAGAUUUUUAAUAGUUUUUUUCUUUUUUUGGUGCCUAAUAAUUGAUUGGUCAUUUCUGCUGGCUUUUGCUUCACUGAACUUUGAAAUCUUUGUGUAUAUGCUAUCAAUAAGAAAAUAUGCUGGAACGUUAGAAAAAAAUCACCAAGAGACUUGUUUUCAUCAAGCACUUUAUCAGACUUUUAAGAAGGUAUCGAAGGCAUUGAAAGAAUUGACUUUUCAAAAUCAUCUCUUCUUUUUCUCAAGAAGAAAACAGUGGAAAAACAAAUUCUCUUCAUUCAGUGAAUCCCCAGUUUGGGGUCUGGGGAGCGUAGAGACAUUGUGAAAUCAAAUCUUGUGUUACAUUUUUCUCCUGGCUCACUCUUUUUGAGAAGGUUUAUGGGCUAUAUGGCUGGUGAGACACGAUCCCCUCCUAAGAAAAUGUAGGUGCUCAGACAGGUAACCUCUGCUGCUACUGUUUUUAUUUGUUUGUUUGUUUAAUUUCUUUUAAAAUUUGUUUUGUUGUACUAGGAUAUUUUUAAAUGUAAUAUAUUGCAGGAUUUAUAACCAGGUUCACUGCUUUCUUUCUUUCUUUCUUUUUUUUUUUUUUCUCUUUAAAAAAAAAAAAACCACCAAAGUUUCAUUUAAGAUACAUUUAGGCGCCUUUGAAGCUUGGAUAUUGGAAUGUUUCAGUAGUGGCCAGAAAUCUGCUGUUGGAAUCUUCUAGUCUUCCAGGUUUAAUUUGAAAUGUUUUUAGUUUUGUUUUGGAUUUUUGUGUGGUAUUUUAUUUCCUUUAUAUCAGUGCCCUUUUGCCAUGCUGUUUUGGGGUGGCUGCCUAACUCUAGUGAAAAUUCUUUCUAUAUUAACGGAAAUUUGGUGUUUUAAAUUCCUUAAUGUUUUGCAUUUUUUAAAAUUGUUUUUAAAGAAAUAUUCUAACUGCUUGCACUGUUACUGUUCUUUGCCAGCCUUUUCAGGAGCCAAAAAAACAAAAACAAACAAACAAAAAAAUACCCAGAGAAAAAACUUUCCUUCUUCCCCCUUCCUGAUGAUGAGUGAGAAGUAUUGAGAACUUUCGGGGUCAGUGCCCUUCUAAACUCCCCUUCCCCCAAUAAUGCAGCUGUAUAAUGAAUGGUAAAUGCAGCGGUUUGGAUUCAGGCACAGCCCCAGCCUGCUUGCAGGUGGCGUAUGUGUUCGUGUUUUAAUGUAUUCAGAGCCAUUGAGCAAUAAGCAGUCCAGAACAUUGAAAACUCAUGCAGCAGAGAGAUAAACUGGUAGGUGGCAGCAGAAGAAGGAAUUCUUCAGAUUGACGGCUACUGAAAGAAUCUACAUAGAAGAGAUAGAGCAUAACAUACCAAGUAAAGGAAAGGGGGCAAAAAAUGGAAACAGGACUAAAAUGUUUGGAUUUUGACUCUAAAUGGUUCUUUUGAAGUAACCAGUGAUCCUUUUUGCUUAUUACUUCAUUCACAGAAUGGACGAAGAUAGAUUUGACUGUAUGUUUUUUGAAAUGGAGUAUAGAAAUACCCAGAACAAGGAAGCAGUAGCACUAACCUGUUUGAUCGAUGUGUUCUCUAAAAUAAAAACAUCAGAACUGGGAAUGAAA